GUGGACAAAGCCCGAUGGGUACGUGUGACAGUGGGUGAGAGGAAAAGAGGGAGAGAGACACAAACAGAAAGAAAAGUACAAGGAGGACACGGCAGAAGCACACUUUCUGGUGGACUACUACAAACAAUGAAGGAACUUUAUAAAUAAGAAACAGAGUAACAAACAGGCCAAAGUAGAGAAGCAGAAGAAAUGAAGGACUUGGCAGAAGCGGGGGUCUCUCUGCGCAAAGGGGGCAAAGUUACUCGCCCCAAAGUUUGGAUAAAGAGUGAGCUUGUUCGUGUGGGACUUGCUGAAUGCCUUUGCACAUAUGUCAUGAUGGCGUUUGGCCUGGGGUCUGUAGCCCAGGUGGUGACAGGGCAGGGAGCCUUUGGACAGUACCUCAGCAUCAACCUGGGUUUUGCACUGGGAGUUGCUAUGGGCAUCCAUGUUGGAGGAAACGUUUCAGGGGCACACAUGAACGCUGCAGUAUCAUUCACCAUGUGCACUUUUGGUCGCCUUGCAUGGAAGAUGUUACCUGUAUAUUUAUUUGCACAGCUUGUGGGUUCCUUCGUGGCAGCUGGGACCAUUUAUGCUGUUUACUACGAAGCCAUACAUGAUUACUGUGGAGGAAACCUGACAGUAACUGGCGACAGAGCCACUGCUGGUAUCUUUGCCACCUAUCCUGCACCAUAUCUGUCCCUAAUGGCUGGAUUCAUUGACCAGGUUUUUGGCACUGCCAUGCUGCUGUUGGGCCUGAUGGCUCUGUCAGACCAGAGGAACAAACCGGCCGCUGCAGGCAGUGAGCCUGCUGCUGUGGGACUCCUGGUGCUACUUAUUGGUAUUUCCUUGGGCAGCAACAGCGGCUAUGCAAUAAACCCCAACAGAGACAUUGGACCGAGGGUCUUUACUGCAAUAGCAGGCUGGGGAGCUGAUGUGUUUAGGGCUGGACGUGGUUGGUGGUGGGUACCCCUGAUUGCUCCCCCUAUUGGAGGAGUAUUGGGUGCAGGGCUCUACAAGGCCUUAGUGGAAUUGCACCAUCCACCACUGCCUCUGCCUCUUGGUGAGGGCUUAUUUGAGGAGGACGUUGUCCAAGAGGAAAAUCCUAAAAACAACUUUGCAGACGCGUGUGUGUGAGGAACAGCAUCUGUGUUCUGCUGAAGUAUUCAUGCAUGGAGUAUAAGGAAAACUGAAGACCAAAAUAAAGGAGGAGACUUACGGUAGGUGGGGGCCCCAACCUUUUUAGUUUAAAGGACAAUUUUGCCAGUACCAGCCGGUUCUGUGGACAUUCACACUGUUCAUUGUUAAGAAUCAGUAAAAAAAAGUAAAACAUUUUUUAGGCUUUAUUCUGUUAGUAUUGGAGUCUGAAAGAUGUAUUAUUUUGAAGGAAGUAAACACAAAUGACCAAGUUCUCCUUAAAUUAAGGGAAGUAUUAAUUAAUUUACUGUGACCCGGUACCAAGUGAUUAGGGACCCCUGACAUGGUGAUAAUUUUUAGCCUACAUGACUGGAUUUACUACAUUAACAAUUAAUUAUGACAACCAGUGGAGGUCAGAGGAGGUCGAUAAGUAAAGAAGGUAUGUAAAGAAAAGACAAAGCCAAAUUCUUGCACUUCAAUUAAUUUGUUUUUAAUUUUAUAAUAAAAAUGAAAUUGUGUCUUUAGUGGCUAGGGCAUGUCUGGACAUAAUAUGAAAUUAAUAUAUAUAAAAAUAAAAUAAAAAAGCAAUAAAUAAAUAAAUAAAUCAUUACCGCCAGUACACGGAAUCACUUUGCCAAAAAAAUAAAAAUAAAAAAUAAAAAAAUUAUGUAGUAAACUGCAAGUCAAAAUGUUCAAUAUUUGCUCAGACUAGAUCUAGAUUGUGUCAGAAUGUGGCUCACUGUUAAAACAAGAUGUAGCUGUGAUAUAUUAACUGACUAAUGUGAAACUGCCUGCAGAUUAGAACCACCUUUACCAUCCAACAGAAUUGUUAUAAGUCCAUUUGACAGUCACUCAGAGAUGAAGGGAUUUUUAAUUUUCUGGUGAAAUUACACAGUACUGUAUGGGGCAUUCAAAAUAUUUACAACAUCAGUGAUAAUAACUACCAUUAUACAAUGAUGUAUUGCACUUAUUGGGUAAAUAUUUGUCAUUUAAAGAUUCAGUGCUAAUACAAUUGACAACAUGUCGGUUUAACGUGUUAAAUAUUUCAGCUGCAUGUGAUAAUUUUUUAAAGCUCUGCUUCGAGUUGUUUUUACCAGGAGGUGUCACCCUAAUGCUAAAUGAGGUGGCAAAUAAUCAAUAUGUUACUCAAGUGCUUUGAACUGCUGCGAAAAGCCUCAUUUAACAGAAUGAAAAACAAAAUGGAAAAAAAAAACAACCUCCAAAAACCUCAAUAUACAUUAAAUGUGCCUCCAACUGUUGGAGACAUUUUUUUUCUCAGAAUCACUGCUGCUCAAACAUGGUUUUUUAUCUUUGUGGGGACUUUUCAACGCUUUGCCCCAAUCGGUCUUACCGUACAUCCCUGGCUCUUUGCAGUAUUUCCUGAGUUGCACUGUGUGGACUGCUUCUUUUUGGGAGCUGGUGCCUUUGUUUUGCCUUUAAAGGCCUUGGUAGGGUCCAGUUUAUUAAAAUAGGGUUCUCCUGCAGAAUCAGCCAGGCUUGUUUCACUCCUGAAGGUCAAUGGCUGAUAUAGGGACGCCCACUGCUGCACAGGAGAAAAGCAAAUUGACCCUUUGAAAAAUAUUUUAACAACCACAGUUUAAAGCAUAAAAAACAACACAGGAAAACUGCAAAGGUCUAAUUACUAUCUGAAUUUUAAUCACAAACCAUUGUAUUUACAAUUUACUUUCUUGUUUUCAGUGCAUAGGGAUUGAAAGAUGAUGAAUCUGCAAUAGCUGUGCUUCAGAAGAUAAAUGCAUUAUGUCAGUUUUAUAAACUUGUUUACAAAAAUAAAUACGAUGAUAUGAAAGUAUACUGCAAAUGGAAAGUACAAAAUAAAGUGUCUUUUUUAUACCUGCAGUGACUGCAAGUUGGGAUUUCACUGUCAAGUAUUUGAGGACUAGACAUCAUUUUUUAUUAGGGAAAAUUAAAGCAUACAAUUAAAUGUUUGCAGAAGCUCUUUAUCCACAGCACAAUGCCUAUAAUGCUAAAAACAAAUUACUCUGCACUGUAUUAAUAGUUGAAUUAAAAACUAUAUGACAUACAUUUUUGCUGCUUUAUGUUUAGUUGCUGAACUUUUUUAAAGAUAUUACAAAUGCUUUGUAUAACAGUGAUGUUCUUUAAGAAGCACAAAAUGUCAGACUUGUUUUUUUUUUUGCAUACAUAAAUAAAAGACCCUUCCUUUACACACACUUUCAAAUCUCACAACUAAGUCUGUAUCAUGGGAGCCUCUGUCAAGGAAAUUCCACUGUUAAACCUUGGCUAGUGUUUGUAUAUUUACUUGAUUAUGUUAAAAUGUUGUAUGACCAGA